AUGCAGGGACUGAUUAAAGAAAUGGUUAGGAAUGCUUCACGAAAUCAUCGAAUCCAUCGUACAAAAUUCGAUCUUUUCAGAAAUAAAUCCACGUUGAUGGGUGCUUUCGCUCCUUCUCGAUCAAGAAUGUACGCUCAACCUCAUGAUUUCAACAUCUUACGAGAUGAUAUGGAACAUGACACCUCACUUCCCACUUUCAUGGUUGGAUAUAAAAAUGGAUUUUUACCGAGACAGGAACCGCUUGCCAGAUUACCGGAACGAUUUUAUGCCCUUGAAUAUUUAUUACAAAACAUGUCAAUUCAUUUACCAAACGGUGAAGGCGGUUUAUUGUCAAAAGGUCAAUUAGGUGAAGCUGUAAAAGAUUUGCCGCAGUACGACGUUUCUGAUAUUAAUGAUCAGAGGUUGCUUUCUGCUUUAUUUAGAGAUUAUACUUUCUUGACCUCGGCAUACCUCCUUGAACCAUGCGAUAUUAUGUAUCGAGAAAAGAAAGAUUAUGGCCUCGGACGUAGCGUUCUACCAAAAAAUAUUGCGAUACCUUUAGCAACGGUCGCAGAGAAACUACACACCUUCCCAUUUAUGGAAUAUGCACUCUCUUACAGUUUGUAUAACUAUCAACGAAUUGAUCCGUCGAAACCGAUAAUCUAUCCAAAUUUAAAGCUAGUCCGUGCAUUUGCUGGAACACCAUCAGAACAUGGGUUCAUCUUGGUGCACGUUGCUAUGGUAGCACAUUCAGGAAAUUUGGUGAAACAUGCGACGGAAACACUUGAAGCAACUCAGGAACAAGAUCGCGUUAAAUUUAAUAAUGCGUUAAAGCAUUUGAAUGAUACCAUGACUCUAAUUAAUCAAGAGAUGGAUACGAUGUGGGAACGUUCAAAUUCGAUGGAUUAUUUGAAAUUUCGGACAUUUAUCAUGGGUUCGAAAAACCAACCAAUGUUUCCAAAUGGUGUGGUUUAUGAAGGUGUAAGUGAAAAACCAUUAUUCUAUCGAGGAGAAUCCGGAGCAAAUGAUUCGAUGAUUCCGUGUAUGGACAAUCUCUUGCAAAUAACUUCGAAGUUACCAAAUAAUCCUUUAACUGAAAUGUUAAAAGAUUUUAGAAGAUAUCGUCCUACGAAUCAUAAGGAAUUUUUAGAAUUUGUACAAAAAAAGGCUGAAGAAUUGAACGUUCCGUUAUAUCUGGCAAAUAUGGAUCAAAUCCGAGCUUUUCGUCAUAGACAUUGGAACUUUACGAAAGAAUACAUAAUAAAAAACACUAUGCAUCCGGUAGCGACAGGCGGCUCACCUAUCGUAACGUGGUUACCGAAUCAACUUGGGACGAUAUUAGAUCAAAUGAGUAAAGUGGGUCAGACCAUCAACUAUAAUGAAUUAACACCUGAGAAUAAAAUUAUCGUAGAUGAGAUUAUUAAUAGGGUUGAUUCACAAGAGAGAGUGUUAAAACGUGAAGUUGAAUUCUUGAAACAGAAAUUUGGUUCUAAUCAAGAUAGAAAACAAUUUGAAACAACAACUUUUCGUCAUUUUGUUUUCUUGAACGAUUUUGAAAUUCCCACAGUUUUUCAAAACGCCGAAAACAGAGCGGUGCUCGGCACUUGCCAACGCUGCAUCGCAAUGAAUAAUGGUUGCACCAUGAAGGCGACUAAGCUUUCCGCAGCCACAGCCUUUCAUUGGUGUGAACCAAUCAGAGAAUUAGUUGCUUGUAAUGGAUUCUUUGAUAAAAUGAGAAAUGCAUUGGAAGACGUUGAAGAUGUCAAACUUGCUGUCAAAUUAAUUCUAGCUCAUUCGGAAGAGAAUUAUUGGAUCCCUACACCUAUUCGUGCGGAGGAUUGUCCAUUCGCAAGGGAAAUUUCGGAAUGGAUGGGUAGAUAA